AUGCAUCCCAUUUUUCUUUCUUUGCUUCUCAUCGAAAAUGUCAUUGCCCCACCAUCUUCCGAUAAUGGUCAGAAAAGAAGAAGUAGACUUAAGCGGGAUUUUCGUGUUGGUCAGAAGAGAUGUCAACCACGGUUUUCGGAAAUAUCCACUCUGUACUUGGGAACUAAUUCACAAGAUAACCAGAACGACUUCGACGAAUUUCUUGAGAUCGAUUUCCCUAAGGAACAGUGCGCUGGAACCAGAAGGCCGUCACUUAUGCCUUAUCUUAUCAUGGUUUUCGACACCAAACCAAAAAGUCGAGAGCUAACAGGUUCUUUGCUGUAG